AUGGUUAUCAUCAAAGAGUGUGAUGAUUUUGGAAAUAAAAGACGCAACAAUGAUGAGGAGCAGAGAGUCAUAUGGGAGGAGUGCAUGCAAGAGAUGAGAACUGCUUUAGGUGUAGAUGAGUACGCACGAGUCAUGAGUAAAGUUUAUAGUGAAAUUUUUACUUCUGAAAGUGAUUCUGACCCCGAUUCUUCAGGUUCCGUAGAGGUCUUGAUGGAAACUUCCGUCUCCUUUAGUGGGGAGGUGAUGGGUUAUGAUCAAAUCUCCAUGAAUGAGGUGGAGAUAGCGAAGCUUCGCUCUCUACGAAAGGUGUCCUCGAUUGGGAAUGAGGACAUGUGGUCCUGGGGGGCAUGCAUCCCUGGCAAACGAGUUUGUAUGUCCCGACCAAAUGGAGUACAAGACGAGUGGUUUUAUUUCUACGCCAGAGUGUUGGAAGAUAUGUUUAUACGUAUUCCUUUUAUUGAUUUUGAAGUGGAUGUGCUGAAGACGGUGAACGUAGCCCCUUCUCAACUUCGCCCUAACAGUUGGGGCUUUAUCAAGGCUUUUGAAAUGAUUUGUGAAGUGUUGGAUGUGACUCCUACCAUUGGUCUGUUUUUUUUCUUCUUAUUUUGA